CAAAAUCUGUUAAAUUCUAAUUAUUAUACAAUAAGGUGCGUUUUUUCAAAGUUGUUUGUGAAAAAAGAAUAGAAAAUAUGAAACAAAUCUAAAAAUAUUUAUCGAUUUUUUCUUCAUCAUCAGUAUGUGAAUAAAUAGCAGCGAUAUUGUUGUUGCCAUAACAUACAUAUAAACAUAGAUACAAAUACGCAAACACAAUCACACCAAGUAUACAUCACAUAUUUAGAUACUCGUAGUUAUUGUUAAUUUAUUUGCGUGUAAAAAAAGUCAGUGUAACUGUGUUUGAAAAAGUCUGGAGGAACGCAUUAUGGAUGAUGAUGACAAGAAAUUGGUUUCCGGCGAAAUACACAGACGCAGUCUAAGUCAAUCUCCGCUUGAGCAGGCAGCUAAAGUGAUUGCAAAGAAAUUUGACUCUAGUAAAAAAAGUUGCAGUCUGGGAUCCACCGUCGAUAAUGGUGGUGGCUGUUUGGAAAACAUAGUGACAUACACAUUGGCUAACGGAAGUGACAAUCUGCCUGCAGCGCAUCAACACAAAAUAAUACCUCAACAACAGUACAGCAACGGAAGUGGAGAUGAAAUCUGCUGUGGUGAUAAAAACAGAAACAGAACGUCUCACAUGACACAAAAUUCCGAUGACGAAGAGGGCCUAACUAAUCCCGCAAUUCAAUCCAAUAUUGAUGACAACAACAUGGACACAACACACACAGGCGAUGGCAAUGAAAUGGCUAAUGACUCUGCCAGCACUGAUGGCGAUGGCGAUAGAAUAAAUGAAAUUGAGUUGGAGAAUAUUGAAGACAUGUCGAAAAUACCACGUCUACCCGGUGAUGGUGCUCAAAUGGAUGAUGAAUUGCCAUCAUCUGUCCGGGGUUCAACAUCAACAUUGGCUGCUAGUUUUCGGAAACCUCGUAUCAAGCCGGCAAUUCCACUGCGUGUUCAAUCCGUUCGCAUUAUGGAGAGGAAAAUACGUUACGGACCAAAGAGAAGAACAGAAAGUUGUAGUGUAUUUGGCAGUACAAGUCUUGAUUUUGAUGCAGAGGAAGAUGGCCAGAAACUUCCAUCACCACGUCCACUUAGCAACGAUACCUAUUCAGCUUUUAAGAGUGGCAACGUUAUUAAGGGCAUAUUGUGCCCUUCUUUGACAAACUCCUUCAAGCAGAGUUCAUUGGAACGUGCCUAUCUGACCUACACGCAUCGGCAACGACAAAAAUCACUAAUUAUUGUAAAUAUCGUGGACUUUGUGCUGAAGGUGGCACUCGCCAUGAUUUGGUUUCUAAAGGAGACUGUAACUAAAGUUGAUGUUGAAUUUAAUAUUGCGACAGCCAUAACGUGGUCGGUGUGCUGUGCCCUUUCCAAUAUGGCCAUAUGCUUUCUGGGCUAUUGGCGAUGUUUUGCCAACAACUACCUACACUGGGCAGCUGUCUGUACAUGGAUACUUUUUAAUAUACAAGGUUUUGUUGGCAAAGGUGUGGGCUUCGCUGAGCGAGAGUACCUAAUAUGGUACAUUUUAUUUGUCAUAUUUGUACCGUAUGCCAUGCUGCCAUUGCCUUUAAAAUGGUGCGUUGUUGGGGGCACAAUCACAGCCAGUUGUCAUCUAACUGCAAUAACCAUAAUUAAAUUGCAGAAACAUGAAAAAUCAAAUUGUGUGGCAUUUCAAAUAUUUGCUAAUUUUAUUCUAUAUACUGCCAUUAAUGUUGCCGGCAUGUAUACCAAGUAUUUAACCGAUAGAGGUCAACGACUCGCAUUUAUCGAAACACAUAAAGCGAUGGAACAUAAAAAGGAGUCUGAAAAGGAAUUACAGAAGACACAAAAGUUGUUAGAUUCAAUUUUACCCAACAUUGUAAAUAAUCAAAUUCGCAGCGAAAUGUACAAGGGUACGGAUCCCAAUGUUGAAACGCAAUUUAAUAAAUUGUACGUUUAUCCCAUGGAUAAUGUGAGCAUAUUAUUUGCGGACAUAAAAGGUUUUACAGAACUCGCCAGUAAAACAUCUGCUCAACAACUUGUGAAAAUACUUAAUGACCUUUUUGCACGUUUCGAUAGAAUAGCAGAGGAUAACCAUUGUUUACGUGUCAAACUACUUGGUGAUUGCUACUAUUGUGUCUCACAAUUUGAAAGCGACAACUGGAAAACACGUCCCGAUCAUGCUGUAUGUAGCGUUGAAACUGGCCUCCACAUGAUAAAAGCCAUCAAGGAUGUUCAAUUGCACACCCAUGUCGAUCUCAAUAUGCGCAUUGGCAUUCACAGUGGCUCGGUUAUGUGCGGUGUGUUGGGCAACAAAAAAUGGCAUUUUGAUGUUUGGUCAAAUGAUGUCAUAACUGCAAAUCAUAUGGAAUCAGGAGGAAUUCCUGGUCGGGUUCACAUAUCGGAAGCUACACUCAAGUGUCUCAAUGAUGCAUACGAAGUUGAGCCGGGUAACGGGGGCAGUCGUGACAAUCAUCUAAAGAUGUUAAAUAUUAAAACAUUUUUAAUCAAACGUACAGAACCAUUACGACCAAAAAGACGCUUUGGCACACGCAGCACUCAGCAUCUUGCCAACAAUAAUGGCAGCAAUACAAGUACACCAACGGCGACUACAUCGCCGACAAUUACCGGUAAAACCUUUGUACCUAAAUCCGUUUCCACGACGGGUGUUCAUAUCGAACAACAGCAACAAGCAAUGCCAACACCACCUCCACCACCAUCAUCAUCGUCAGGAACAAAUCCCACACCACACGUAUCACUUGCAGCGAUACAAAAGAAAAACAUUUCGUUAAGUUCAUUGCCCAAUGUAGUGGAAGGUGUCGCAAUGGGACCAGCCGGCCUUUCAACAGUUUCAUCGCCAACGGCUACCACAGCACCCAAUGCAAUGAAGGCGAAUGGCGGAAGUAUUCACAGCAUACUGGAUACAAUUGAUCCAAAGUCAUUAAUAACCGAAGAUGAACCGACCACAGAGUGGACACCAGAAAUACCAUUUAAAAAUUUAAAUUCUCCAGAUGAAGGCAUCAUUCGUUCCGAUUCUGUCUUAGGAGAUCCAAGACAAGCUCAACGUGUUUCCGUUACUCCAUUGGAUGAAGAAAUUGAUGAAUUCAUUGAGCAGAACAUACAAAUCAAUUCGAAUAAGAAAAUUCGACGAGAGUACCUUAGUCCUUGGACAUUGAAGUUUAAAGAUAAAGAUCAAGAAUUGAAAUUCUGUCAAUUGCGCGAAGACAUGUUUCGUUCCAACAUGUUGUGCGUUUUUGUAAUAUGGAUUUUCAUCGUAUUGUGCCAAAUUAUUAUUAUACCCCGAUGUACAAAUCUCUUAAUAUGCUUAGCAAUAGGAACUAUUAUUUUAAUAAUUAGCUGCAUCAUUGUCAUGGCUGAAGAAUUUAGAGGUCUGCCGGAGGUUCUUAAACGCAAUUCAGCCAAAUUAGUGCAUCAACGGAAACGUCGUACCUAUUUCAUAUGUGGCAUUAUCAUUCUUAUGACGGGUUUAAGUUCAGUUGGUCUUAUUCUGUGUCCAUCGUCGUCAUACUUCGAUGGUAGCGGCAACAAUAACGAUGCAAAUGACAAACGUUCCGAAUUGCCGUACGGUUCUUUUAACGCCGUAUCCAAUCCCGUUAAUGGUAGCAGCACAGUCUCCAUCAUAAGUAACGGUGAAAAGGAAAUUAAAUUGAACGUAGUUCUCUCGGCCACCAUUCAUCACAACAUUACAAUAAAUACGCCCAUUGGCGCUGGCACUAUUGUCGAUGCAAACUCCUUGCUGGUAGAUAAUUUGGCGAAUUCCACAACAACCAAUGAAUUGAUACGACGCAGUAUAGUGGAUGCGUUAAAUCUUACACAAACCACAAAUAACUUUCUCAAUAACAGCAACGAAUCCUUUGAGAAUUCUCAACGUUCUCUGGUACUUGACAAUCAACGCAAUGACGACAGUAUCAACAUUAGCCAUAUUCAGAAUAAUUCCUUGAUGCCGGAUGACAACUAUACGGUUUUUUAUACGGAUUUAAUGUUACGAAAUGAAUACUAUUCUCCGGACUGUGCCCAUCCCGAAUACAUCGUAUUUACUUGGAUUUUGUGUUUGGUGUCGUUGGCAACAGCACUUAAGCUGUACUAUUUGGUGAAAGUGAUAAUGGCCAUUUGUAUGGUUGCGUUUUAUACCACUUUGAUUCAAUCGGUAUUUCCACUAAUAUAUCCCAAAGAUCUAAUUGAUAUAGAACAAUCUCGUCUGGGCAUGCCUUUGGGUGUUCAGAUGUUAAUACUUUUGGUCUCAUUUUUAGUGAUGGUUUGCUAUCAUGCCCGUCUAGUAGAGGUUACAUCGCGUUUGGAUUUCAUUUGGAAAGAACAAGCGGAACGUGAAUUAAUAAAUAUGAAAUCUAAUCGAGCCCUAAACGACACACUUAUUAAGAAUAUUUUGCCGGACCAUGUGGCUGCAUACUAUUUAUCUGACGAGCAUACGGACGAAUUAUAUUCAAAUAUGCACAAUUUGUGUGGCGUCAUGUUUGCCUCCAUACCAAACUUUCAAGAUUUCUAUUCCGAGGACAUUGACAAUGGCAAGGCCUGCAUACGAAUAUUGAAUGAAAUCAUUUGCGACUUUGAUGAACUCUUGGAGGAGUCACGCUUCGCCUCCAUUGAGAAGAUAAAAACCGUUGGUGCCACCUACAUGGCAGCUGCUGGUUUGAAUUGCGAUUCAUUGCGAAUGCGUGGCGAGACUUCGGAGGACAGUGUUUGCAGUUUGAUUGAGUUUGCUUUUGCUAUGAAACAAAAACUGGAGGAUAUCAACAAAGAGGCUUUCAAUAAUUUUCAAUUGCGAGUGGGGAUUUGUAGUGGUUCCCUGGUAAGUGGUGUAAUUGGAGCCCGCAAGCCUGUAUACGAUAUUUGGGGCAAUACGGUAAAUGUGGCAUCUCGUAUGGAUUCAACGGGUGAAAACUGGCGCAUACAAGUGCCAGCCAGUACAGCCGAUUUGCUAAAGUCCAAAGGUUACACAUGUGUGAAACGUGGCGAUGUCAAUGUCAAGGGCAAAGGAAUAAUGACAACGUAUUUUGUUCUGCCACGCGGAGUAACCGAAAGUCAAUUAUCUUCACCAGUGCACAUGCCAGCUGGCAUACCCAUGUCACAGACACCCAACUUACAGCGGCAAACCUCACAUCACGGUUCUUUUAGUGCGGUGGUGUUUGGAAUGUUGCAGGCUUCCAAGCGUUGUACAAAUAUGGCAGGAACACCCACUGGUACACCUUCACCGCAAAUAAGACGUGGUCAUCGAGGCAGUACUUUUAGUUCAGUGCGUCUAUCACAAAAGGCCACCAUCAACAAUCCGGUACGACGAAAUACUACUAGAGUUCGUGGACGUUCUUAUCGGCAGAAAAAGAGUUCUUCCAACAACUCGAUUGUUACACAGACAAGUGGUUCCUAUUUACCAUCGUUCCGUCGCAUCGAUCAAAUCGAAACAACAAUAUCAAAAAGUCAAAAUGAUGCAUUAUAGCGUUUACGUUACUGGGUCUGAAAUCCUUAAAUCGAGUCAUACAAAUAAAUGCACAGGAAUUUAAUUAAUUUAAUAGUUUUUAUUGCUAGAUGUAUGUAAAGAGUACUUAGUACAAUUUAAUUAUUUACUAAACAAAUACGUAAUGUCAAUUUUGAAUAAUAAUGACGAAUUAUAAUCUAAACAUU